AUGCUGCAUCAGCGAGCGGCUCAUCGGCCCUGUGGUACAGCGCCCAGCAGGAGGAUCAACACACAGCUGCGGGCUCUGGGGCAGGCCGGCAAGGGCGGCAAGGAUUUGCAGGAGCGGGGCAAGGCAUGGCUUUCCACCAUCUUGACGCGGUUCGGGCCCGCCACCGACCGUGCAACCAACAUCACAACGCUGGAGUUUGAGAAGCCGCUGCUGGAGCUCGAUAAGCGCAUCAAGGAGGUCCGCAAGGUGGCCGAGGAGAACGGGGUGGACGUCAGCGCAUCUAUCGCAGAGCUGGAGACGCGCGCGCGGCAGGGAUCCUCCGUCCGCUUGGACGGCCGCGCACUGACGUCAAUGAGCAUGGCUUGCAGCAGCUGA